CUCUGCAGGCGCCGGCUGAUCUCCCAGCGAUCUUCUCUGGAGACCCUGGAGGACAUUGAGGAAAAUGCCCCGCUGCGGAGAUGUCGGACUCUCUCAGGAUCCCCCAGACCAAAGAACUUUAAGAAGGUUCAUUUCAUCAAGAACAUGCGGCAGCACGACACCAGGAACGGCAGAAUAGUCCUUAUCAGCAGCAGAAGAUCCUUCUGUAGCAUAUUUUCAGUGCUGCCAUAUCGAGACUGUACCCAAGUCGGGGAUGUGAAGUUGGACGGAGGACGUCAGUGCCAUUCUGCGGGAGUGUGUCUGAAAGAAAUAAUUGGGCUUGAAGGUGUGGAGCUGGGAGCGGAUGGGAAGACGGUUUCUUACACGCAGUUCUUGUUUCCCACGAACGCCCUGGGCGCGCGGAGGAACACCAUCGACUCCACCUCGUCCUUCUCGCAGUUCCGCAACGCCAGCCAUCGCAGCCUCUCUUUGGCAAGAGCUAACAGCACCCAAGGGAGCAUCGAUGCAGGUAGCGAACUGGGAGACUAUGUUGAAUAUGAUCCAAAUCUUCUAGAUGAUCCUCAAUGGCCCUGUGGCAAACAUAAACGGGUUUUAAUAUUCCCUUCGUAUAUGACUACAGUCAUUGACUAUGUGAAGCCAUCAGAUCUCAAGAAGGACAUGAACGAGACCUUCAAGGAGAAGUUCCCUCACAUCAAGUUAACCCUCAGUAAAAUACGAAGCUUGAAGAGAGAGAUGCGCAAGCUGGCUCAGGAGGAGUGCGGUUUCGAGGAGCCCACCGUGGCCAUGGCCUUCGUGUACUUCGAGAAGCUGGCGCUCAAGGGCAAGCUCAACAAGCAGAACAGGAAGCUCUGUGCUGGUGCCUGCGUGCUCCUUGCCGCCAAGAUAGGCAGCGACCUCAGAAAACACGAAGUCAAGCAUCUUAUAGACAAACUGGAAGAGAAGUUCCGGCUGAACCGGCGCGAGCUCAUCGCCUUCGAGUUCCCGGUGCUGGUGGCCCUGGAGUUCGCGCUGCACCUGCCCGAGCACGAAGUGAUGCCGCACUACAGACGCCUGCUGCAGCACUCCUAGCGCCGGCUGCCCUGCCGG